CACACUGAAGCGCGGGAAAGCAGUCAGCUGUCACCACAAAAUUUGUGAGAAAAGAAGCGGAAUAAUUGCGAUAUAUAAACUCAGAAUAGCGACAGACAAUUGCACGAACCUGAUUAAUAUUAUAACCAAAACAAAUCACUAGCAUUCCACUACGAAUAUCAAGUGUUUGUCGAGCGUUUGUCAGGUGCAUUUCGCAAAGACACGCAAUUCCCUAGACGGGCUAACCCAGAACAUCUGAAAAAAGCGCGCCGACGAAGGAGUCUUGAAAUACUUUGUCUACGCUCUGCAAUCGUCGAAGUACAGUCAUGGCCAAGGUGCACAUCACCAAUGUGGUGGUGCUGGACAACCCAAGCAGCUUCUUCAACCCCUUUCAGUUCGAGCUGACUUUCGAGUGCAUAGAGGAGCUGAAGGAGGAUCUCGAGUGGAAGAUGAUCUACGUAGGCUCGGCAGAGUCCGAGGAGCAUGACCAGGUGCUGGACACCAUAUACGUGGGACCUGUGCCUGAGGGGCGACACAUCUUUGUUUUCCAGGCGGAUCCGCCAGACGUCAGUAAGAUCCCGGAACCGGAUGCGGUGGGCGUCACCAUUGUCCUGCUCACCUGCUCCUACCGUGGCCAGGAGUUCGUUCGCGUGGGCUACUAUGUGAACAACGACUACGCAGACCCGGAGAUGCGCGAGAAUCCGCCAACGAAGCCUCUCUUCGACAAGCUGACCCGCAACAUCCUGGCCAGCAAGCCCCGCGUCACCCGCUUCAAGAUCAAUUGGGAUUACGGGCACAUAAACGGGAAUGGAAACGGCGUGGAAAACGGUCAUGAAGACGAAAUGGUCACCGAUGGACCGUCUACAUCGGAGGCGGCUUCAGUUGUUGUCCAUCCCGAGGAUGACAACAGUCUGGCCAUGCCCAUCGAGAAUGGGAUUAAGGCCUUGAACGAGAACUCCAACUCACUGGCCAUGGAAUGUUGAGAGCCGCCGGCAGUCCAAACAAUGGCCAUACCAACACACUGUCUCUCACUCAAACCAACAUGGGCUACGAUGGAUAACAUGAGGGAUACCCCGAUUCGGAAGCUCUUAGCAGUGCUAGUUCUCGUCCCCUAUUUACUUCUAAGUAAUUAAUAAUUAAAGCAAAAAUAUAUGUAUACAUUAAAUUAUUUCCUAAACUAUGAA